GGCUGUCGCAGUUUGCUGAGCCCACCGAGGCUGUCGACAAUGUGCUGAAAUACCUUAAGAAACACCAGAGAGAAGAAAUCAAGGAGCUUCUGUGCACUUCAGUGGAGGAUUAUGCUCCGUCUGAUGUGAAUCUUGAGGACUUUUUUCAGAAGGGAAAGUAUGAAUGUGAGGCUGCCAGGAAAGCAAGCUUACCGCAGUGGGUACUCGAUGCUUUGGCAAAAGGUGCCCAUGUCAUGCCGUCAGAUGAUUUUGCUGGAGACUCUAGGAGUGAAAAUGAGUUUCCUAGAACCUAUCCCCAGUCACUUACAACUCCCUGUUGCUGUAACGUGUUACUGGGUACGUUGUUCAGAACCAAAAGUUAAGUUGCAUCAACUAAAGGCUUUACUUCUAAUGAUAAUAUCUGGAGAACUGCACAGGAUAACACAUGAUCCAGAUCCCACAAUUUUACAUGCUGAAGAUGACAGUAUCGCAUAUAACGAAUUUCUAAAAUGGAAGGAAAAGAAAUUGCAAAAUAAAGACUUUGAUUUAGAUGCUGCACACAGUUUUUGCCAGUGGCAGUGCUGUCUUCAGAUGGGAUUGUAUCUCAACCAGCUACUUUGCACUCCUCUCUCUGAGCCAGACCUAAGCAGGCUUUACAGUGGGACCCUUGUGCACAGACUAUAUCAAGAGCUUAAAUCAACACCUUCAGUGGAAAAUCUGUUUAGUUUAUCUCCAAAAAUGACUCAGCUCUGUCAGGUUUUGUUAAAUACAGUGGAGUCGACUGUAUCUCCAGAUUUCUUUCAGAAGAUGACCAAGACCUCAUCAGAGUCCUGCAAAAAGAAGAAAGCAUCUAAUAAGAGAAAAAAACCCAUCAGGUGUGCUAUAUCAGAAACUCAGCAUUUAUGCAGUGUUAAUCGGUUUGCAUCACUUGGGGUGGAUGACUGAAAGCAUUAUUCCUGGAAUAGCUUUUAAUGCCAUACAGAUGGAAGAAGCUACGUUAAAAUAUGUGACUGUAUUGGAAUUUGCUCAGCUGUUUUCACACAAGUUCCUGAUUCUACCUUUACCAGCAAUUCUUGCUUUGGGGAAUCUUUUAUUUACUUUUUUUGUAAUUAAUACUUUUUAUAAAGAGGUGCUGUAUAAAA